ACGGUUUCUCAUUUCAGUUUAACAUGUUCGACCGGUUUAUCGUCGCGUUUCUGUUCGGCCUCGCCGCAGGCAACCCGUCAUCAGACGACAACGCUCCAUCCAGCCUUGUCGCCGAUGCGCCGGAAUCGCUGGAGUACUUGAAAAGAUACGGAUAUCUGAACAAAGACGGGCCAAGCGGAGAAGUAGCGGCUGCUUCUUUGUACAGCAUGAAAUCGGUGGAAAGCGCACUUAAACAAGCGCAGAAGUUCGGAGGACUGCCACAAACCGGAAUACUCGACGAGGCGACAAAGAAGUUAUUCGAGACUCGUCGGUGCGGCUUACCUGACGUCGAGCGGAACGCGACGCACCAAGGGAGAAGGAGGAAAAGGUUCAUCCUGACAUCGCAAUCUUGGAAAAAAAGACGUCUUACUUAUUUUUUGACCAAUUGGUCGCCCAAACUCACCAGAAGCGGUGUGAUGACCGAGUUGAGGAAAGCAUUCGACGCCUGGUCAAAAUAUUCCAGGCUUGUUUUCACCGAAAGCAGGACUCCAAGCGAGGCUGACAUAAACAUCGGUUUCUAUCGUGGCCAUCACGGAGAUAAUACUCCGUUUGACGGGAAUGGAAACGUCUUGGCACACGCCUUUUAUCCGAACGACGGUCUCGGAGGUGACAUACAUUUCGACGAUGACGAGGAUUGGACUAUAAACCCUGGAGAGUUCGACGAAGGUGUUGAUUUUUCUGCCGUGGCCCUCCACGAACUCGGCCAUUCCCUCGGCCUGUCCCAUUCUCCUGAACAAGGAUCGAUCAUGAACCCAUAUUACAAGGCGAAAAAGGAGCUCGGCUACGACGACAUACUCGCAAUGCACGAGUUGUACAUUUCCAGGAGGUUGGAAGAGGAAGGUGACAACAGUGACCAUCAGGAUGACGACGGGGCCACUCGGGAACCGGAAGUCCCAAACUUGCCCACCACUCCACGAUACACUGAGCGGCCUCAUUUCCCGGAUCGUCCUCAUGACCGGCCUCGUUAUCCGCAUUAUCCCCGUUUUCCGCAUUAUCCGCACUACCACCAUCCUUUUCACCACCACCACAGCCACCAUGACCAUCCAAGGCCUACGAGGCCGACAACGGAAGAAACAAGACCGACCUACGAAUACACGACUGAGCCCACUAGAAAAACUACGAACUAUUUUGAGGUGACUUACGAAGGGGACGACGAGUCGGUCGAGAGGCACAAAGAUCAUGAUCAUACACAUGGCAUCCCUCCGAGAGAAGAGCCGUGCAUGGAUGCGCCUUCUGAAGAAGACGGCUGUCGUGGCGGAUUCGACACUGUCGCCUUUUUCAGAGGAGAACUGUUCGUCAUCAAAAACAAGAUGCUAUGGCGGCUAUCCGAACCAGGGAAAGUUUUAGACGGAUAUCCUUUGGAUUUUCACAGGCUCUUUAGCUCUCUGCCGAAAUCUUUGGAAAAGAUUGACGCCAUUUAUGAAAGGAGUGAAGACUCGAGCAUCAUGAUAUUUUCAGGGAAACGUUAUUGGAUAUACGACGGAUUUGAAUUUCUGGAAGGCAGCCCGCGGCCCAUAACCGACUACGGCCUACCGGAAGAAGUCGACAGUGUUGAUGCCGUCUUGUCUGGCGGUAACUCCGAGGUGUUCGUUUUCAAAAGUGACAGGUUUUGGACGUUCAACGAGACGACGAAAUCGCCUGUUUCUAAAAACCCAAAGCCUUUGGCAUUGUUUAAAAGCUUACCCGAUAAUCUAGACGCAGCACUUUUGUACAAAGAAGAGAAAUAUUUCAUCAAGGGAGACGAUUUCUGGGUAUCCGAUGAUAAAUCAGGACUCACAGUGAGGAAGUACCCGGUUUCUGCUUCAAAUUUCUGGAUCGCUUGUUAAACCACAAGUGCUAUUUCUUUCAACAAAAGAGAAGAAAAUAUACGAGAAAAAAAAACAGUUUUCAGCUUCUGAUAGAAGCGAUACCGUUUAUCUGUGAUCUAACUAUUUUAUAAUUUUUUUACUUGAUUUUUAUAUAAUAAACCAGUUCUAUGCUGAA